AUGGCAUCAAUGGAGGAUCACAUGAGCAAGCCAUUCACUGGAACCAGUGGUUUGGAUGUCGAACACAUUACUGAAGGCGAAUCUCAAAAGACCAGAAACGGCGGCGUCGACAGGCAUACCGACAGCGAUGAUAAUGGUGAUAAUGAAUUUCCACCUUUUGAAGAGAGACUCAAACCCAAGACAACCUCGGCCCUCAGCAACCAAGGACGGAAGCGUAAUAUUUCGGUUAGUAACAGAGCCAGGUCGCCAGCUCGGAAACGUCACUGCGAUCGAGCCUCGAGUCUCGCUGCAGCGACUCCACCGCUAAUAAUUAUCGAUCUGACCACCAACAUCGAGCUUUGCGCUCUCUGCCCCAACGUCCUUAGGAAGGGCGAUGGCAGAAUGUUCGUUUUAAGACUUUGUGGUUGUGUUAUCUGUGACGAGUGUUUGAGCAACGAGCUCGAACUUCUGCAGAGCUGCAAUGAUGGGAUUACUCUUUAUUGGUGUCCGAAGCACGUAUUACGAGAACAGAGUGCGACGGAGCUGUUUGCACUAGACUGCAGGAUUUGUUGGGGGGAUAAUGUGGCUGAUAACUCAGAUCGAGUUUGUACCAAAUGUGUUGGUUGA